AUGUCGAAAAUCAACAAUCUUGAGUAUGCUGCCCUCAAUCUCUCCGGAGACAAUUACCUUCAAUGGGCACUUGACACCAAGAUCAUCUUGAAAUCCAAAAACCUUGGUGCUUGUAUCACUGAUGGCAAUGAGUCAUCUGAGAAGGAUAGAAACAGUGCGAUCUUAAUCAUACGCCAUCACCUUGCUGAAAGUCUCAAAGACCAAUACCUCACUAGGACGGUGCUCUUACCAAAGGCCCUAUAUGAUUGGAGGAACCUAAGGAUCCAAGACUUUAAGUCUGUGGAUGAGUAUAACUUGGCUCUAUUCAAGAUAGUCUCAAAGUUGAAACUGUGUGAAGAGACUAUCACUGAUGCUGACAUGUUAGAGAAGACAUUCUCUACAUUCCACACAAGCAAUGUUUUGCUUCAGCAACAAUACCGAGAAAAUGGUUUCUCCACCUAUGCAAAUUUGAUCUCUUGUUUGUUGCUGGCUGAGCAAAACAAUGAGUUACUCAUGAGGAAUAGUGAGAUGAGGCCUCCUGGUGCUAAGGCAUUACCUGAGGCACAUGCGGCCAUAGAGCCAAAAGAUGAGUCUCCAAAGAAAGAGUCAAACCAUCGCCGUAUGAGAGGCCGUGGAAGAUGGCAAGGUCGUAACCGUGGGUUUCAACCACGUGACCGUGGGUUUUCAACCACAUGA